GACUUGAUAAAUCAAAAUAGAAUCAAAGUCAUUAUAGAGUUUCUUGAUUCUACUACUCCUCCUUUCUGCUUUUCCUCAGCAUUUCAAACUGGUGAGAAAGUGUUCAUCAUUUUCUUCUUCUCUUCUAUUUGUUUACAUUGAUUUUCCAUUAUUUCUUAGCAAUUGGGAUCUUUAAACUUCCGAUUUUUGUUUUUUUUUUUCUAUCUGGGUUUUUGGUUUCAAAAGAGGAAGUGGAGUUUGUGUUUGAAGAUUCGUUGUUUGGGAUCGGAUUUUGAUGGGUUGCCUUGGAUCCAGGAAACUAUUGAGUUCUAUGUGAAAAAAGAGGCGAACCCUUUUGGGGAUUUCUUGUGAUUUCACUUUUUCUUAGAUCCCUCCACCUGUCUCCUUCGCAGGGGUUUUUAUUUUCUUUAUUGGAUAAAGGUGAGAGAUCCUCGUUUCUCAUACUUGUGUGUAUAUAAGAGCUGAUACUGGAGAAGAGAUUGUUGAUAGUUGUCAGUUCUUAUCACAGGCGGGGAAGAAUUUGAUGGUGUUUGUGAAGUUUUGGUGGAAUUUCUUCUUUUCUCAUUGCUUGAAUUUUUAGUUAUUGCAAGGUUAGAUCCAUUGCUCUUAUAUAGAUCUAAGGGGUAGGAGACUGAUUUCUUCUGCUUGUUUUGAGCUUACACUAUUCAGAAUCUGUAAUUUGAUUGUGGAAUUUGUCAUUGAUAGGUUUUGUGGAUUUGUGUUAAGGAGUUGUAGAACUUAAAUCAGCUUAGUUUUUCUUUAGUUUGAUUGGUAAGAUGUUGUGAUGUGAAAAUAUAUUUGGCGAUGAGGUUGUAGAGAUAUUGGGACAUAGAUAGAUUUGAUAUCUGUAGGAUUUGUAAGAAUGAUGGAAGAGAUGUCCCCUGCUGUUUCUUUGACCCUUAGUUUGGGUAAUCCAAAGUCUGAUAGCUCAGUAAAUCCUGGCCAUGUCGAAUUUACACGGCUAAAGUUAGUGACAGACACGGUAAAUUUAUUCUCUGCAUCGUCCCCUGAGUCUGGUUCUAUUGGUAAUGUUAGUUGCCAUGAUUUUGAUGGUUUAGUUGACAGUGUAACUGUGUCGCAACCGACUGAUGGUGGUCAAGGUAUAGACAGUUUUUGGGGGUUGCUGCCGAAGAGUGGCACGAAUUUGACUGUAGAUAAGAAAGAUGCAUCCUUGGCUACCCUGGAUGACCCUGAUGAAAUGAUAGAGGAUGGAUUGUUUGCUAUUGAUGGCGGUACAAGUAUCAACGUGCAAGAAGUUGUCAAAAUCGGCGAUGUUAGUAAUGGUCAUAUUGUUGCUAAGGCGAUCAUCCUGGUCGAAUCAGGGAAGAUCCCUACUAGUGAACUUAUUGUGGCGACAGUAAGCCCAGAUUUAGAAGUAUCUGCAUCGUCGGAGCUGAACGUUCCUGCAGUAGUUUUCCAAUCGAAAGGGGCAGAAAGUGUUCAUAAAGUCAUUCGUAAUGUCUUUGAACGCGAUUGUAUUCCUCUUUGGGGGUCCGUAUCGAUUUGUGGUAGAAGACCAGAAAUGGAAGAUGCAAUUGCUACUGUUCCUUGUUUUGCAAAAAUUCCUAUCAAAAUGCUUGUAGGGAAUAGUUUGAUGAAUGGAAUGGGUCAAAGUUUAACACAUCUCAACAGCCACUUUUUUGGUGUUUAUGAUGGACAUGGGGGCCCUCAGGUUGCUGAUUAUUGUCAAGAACGCAUACACUUGGCACUAGCUGAAGAGAUAAAAGGAUUUAAACAGAAUCUAGAAAAUGGAAACAAUGGAGAAAACUGGCAGCAGGAUUGGGAGAGAACCUUCAACAAUUGCUUUCUUAGGGUUGAUGAUGAAAUAGAAGGAAAAGUUGGUAGAUCAGUCAGUGGAAGCAGUGGAGAUGUUUCCCAUACAAGCUUCGAACCUGUUGCCCCGGAAACUGUUGGCUCUACGGCUGUUGUUGCCUUGGUCUGUUCGUCGCACAUCAUAGUUGCAAACUGUGGUGAUUCAAGAGCAGUUCUAUGCCGUGGUAAAGAACCCAUGGCUCUAUCGGUCGAUCAUAAACCAAAUCGCGAAGAUGAAUAUGCUAGGAUUGAAUCAUCUGGAGGCAAGGUCAUCCAGUGGAACGGACAUCGUGUGUUUGGAGUUCUUGCAAUGUCAAGAUCCAUUGGUGAUAGAUAUUUGAAGCCAUGGAUUAUUCCCGAUCCAGAAGUCAUGUUCAUCCCUCGUGCCAAAGAAGAUGAAUGUCUUAUUUUAGCCAGCGAUGGACUGUGGGAUGUGAUGACAAAUGAGGAAGUCUGUGACGUAGCUCGAAGGCGGAUUCUUCUUUGGCACAAGAAACACGGGGCUUCAUCUCUUGCUGAUCGGGGUACAGGAGUUGACCCAGCUGCACAAGCUGCAGCAGAUUACCUCUCAAUGCUUGCUCUCCAAAAGGGAAGCAAAGACAACAUCUCUGUGAUUGUAGUGGACUUGAAAGCUCAAAGGAAGUUCAAGACCAAAUCUUGACACCAAAUACUAUCAAACCGAAUUUAACGUACCCUUCAAGCUCAUAACUUCAUAUGUUGAGAGAUACGGUACGUUUUAGCAGUUUACAACUUAGUCCAUUCGUACUCACGAAUUUUAAUGUGUUCCAAAAUAUAGAAAACUGUAUAUGUAUCAUAGAACUUUCCUCAUGGAAAUUCACCAGGGAAAAAAAAAAAAGGAACAGCAUCUGUAAUGAAGUUCUAAUCUAUGCUUUUGGACUUCACCAUACCCAAUACUUGAUGAUCCAUCUUGAACUGCCAUACCAUAGGUAGAGAAUUUUGGGAUUUACUGAUACAGUUUCUUUGGAUCUAUUCUUUGGUUUCUUACAGCCAAGUCUAAAGUUCUGGGGAUAUAAGUAAGUUAUUUGAUUCUGCUUACAUCAUAUAGUCUCUUCAUUACUACUUUUCAAUGGUAGGAAUAGGAUUGGAGAGCAACAUUCCCUUUGUAUUCUGGGUUGUGUUGUGUUUGAUUAGUUAUAUCUUUUUCUUGGAUCAACUCCAAAUUCCUUCACAAGACAAUGAUAUUGUAGAUUUAUUAUUAUAUUCAUUUCAUUUUGCCUUCA